AUAACAAGGAAGGAAACAAUUUUACAGGAAGCUAGCUAGCGAAUUGGCUGCCUUUUGUUUUUGUUUUUAGCGUGAGAGCUAGUAUAAAUCCUGAUGUUCGCGGUUUAGAUUGUAAGUAUCAUAUCAUCAGAUUGUAUUUAUUAUGCCAGUUCACGUUACUGUUUUGUUUGAAGUGAUUUAAUUAGGAUUGUAUACUUAGCUAGCUAACGUUAUACGUCUAAAACGAACUAGAUAGCUAACUUCUGCUGCUAACAGGCCUAGGUCGAGAUCUUAGCUAGUUAGACUGAAAAUUAUCGGUCUAUUUUCUUAGUCAUUUAUCAUAUCACACCCAACAGUUAAAACGUAUUUAUUUUACAAAUAAUGUAACCAGUUGACCUUCAUUAUCGGUUUUGGUGAGCUGAUUAUUUCACAGGCGGAAGGGCGCAUUGUUAAAACAAAAGCUGUCCGUCCUUUGAGUGACAUAACAUAGAUAUACAUCAGGCACUGAGUCCUGGUUGAAGACAAAGCGGGAAUUGAAUGACAAUGUAUGCACCACCUGGUGCCACUGUCCCUGGAAACCGGCGAAGGAGAGGGGGUACCGCACUACCCAAGCAGCCAGAGCGAAGCCUGGCAUCUGCCCUCCCCGGAGCACUCUCCAUCACGGCUCUAUGUACGGCAUUGGCCGAACCAGCUUGGGUCCGAGUUCAUGGAGGGACGUGUCCCAGGCAGGAGCUUGGAGUGGCUGAUGUCCUGGGAUACAUUGACCCAAAACUCAUGGAGGAUUACUGCGUGAACUCCCAGACCAUCUUACUGAUAAGGGUCAUUGCUGCCUUCUGCUUCCUGGGCAUCCUGUGCAGCCUGACAGCUUUCCUGUUGGAUGUCUUUGGGCCCAAGCACCCUGCCCUCAAAAUCACCCGCAGAUACGCAUUUGCACACAUUCUCACAGUGCUGCAGUGUGCCACAGUGAUCGGGUUCUGCUACUGGGCCUCAGAGCUCAUCUUGUCACUACAGCAGCAGCACAAGAAGUACCACGGAUCCCUCAUCUACGUCACUUUUGCCAUCAGCUUUUACCUGGUGGCGGGGGCUGGUGGAGCCUCUAUUCUGGCCACAGCUGCCAACCUGCUGCGCCACUACCCCACAGAGGAGGAAGAGCAGGCUCUGGAGCUUCUCUCAGAGAUGGAGGAGAGCAGUGAAACAUAUCCUGCUGAUUAUGACAUUGCCAACCAGUUCCAGCCGCCUCCUGCAUACAUGCCUUAAUGUUGCCAGAUAGCCGCCUCUUUCUCUUACAUCCAUGCUUCUCUAUGAGUACCACUUUUGGCCUCGUAACAAACACAUAUACAGAUAUGUGAUCCAAUAAUUGUACCAAAUGGAUAUUCUCUGCAAAUAGCUUACUCUCCUUUCCUUUAUCAACACACUAAUGAACACACUUAUUUCUUGAUUGUGGGUGCUUGAGUGCAUGAAAGCUUCCUUUUAUGAUGGCAGAGAUUCAAUACUUGAAUCUUAUUUUCACCACUGAAGCUUUUAGUAAUUUGCAUGUAAAUGGCAUUAAGGUCUUGACCCUUACAUGUAAAGCAAGAGAAAGUGGUAAUAUAUGGGGUGUUAAUUCAUGCACUACUGUGCGGUUUGGGUCUACACCUGGUUAUUGAAUGAUCAGAUAUGGGUUGAGACUCAACUUGGUAUAUGACAGUGUAUGACAGUCAUGGUUUGACAAAGGUCAAGUUUUGAACAAAAGUUUUGAGUUUCCACAGUGUGUCAGUAGUAUUUGGCCCUUGGUUUGAAGCAUUAAAUACCCACCGAACAUCCAAAACUUGGUGACUUGCCUGCCAUUUGAAUAUUAUUUGACAUUUUAUCAGUUAAACCAAAUAAAAGGCACCAAGAUUACACAGACACUGAAUUGUGGACAUUUAUUUUUUAAUUGAAAUGGACCAUUAUUUAAUAACUGCCUGUCCCUGGUGUGGUAAAUGUGUUUUUUCUUUUUAUGUGUAUGAAAGGCACUGUUUUGCAUUUUAUUUAGUCUUGCAGUUGUGAACUUGGAAAUUAAUAGGUUUUCAAUAUUCUGUAAGAUUGGUUCGUCAUGGUAGUGGAAAAAAAAGUUAUUUUACAUGAUUAUGGCUAGUAAUUGAGGCACUCAUUGCUGUGAAAGUAAUUGAUGGAAAACCAUGAGAAAUGUGAAGUGUCUCAUUAUUUUGCAAUGGACAUUAUUCAAGAUGUUCCUAUGUUGGACAACUAGAGGAACAUUAUUUUCUAAUUUUAACAAUGGGGGAAAAUGGGUAGAACGUCAUUGUAGAAUCAUCAAUCCACAAUGCAUUGGUAAUUUCAUAGAUUAAGUAAUUUCACUUAAAUAUACACAACUGAUUGACAACUCUUAAUUGUACUUUGUGAUUACUUGGCUUGAGUUAUGUGACAGUUGUAUGUUGUCUGUGCAUGAGUUCUUCCCCCUUGAUCCUCAAGAUAGUGAGAAUCUGAUUGUAAUUAUUUGGGAUGGAAUCUUACACACACCUAUCUUAACUUGUGUUCAGAUUCAGCCCUGUACUGCUUACUUUUUUUAUUUUUAUAAAUGUGAUUAAUAAUAUAGUUUUACCAUAGGUGAUUUGUUGCUCUAUUGUUUAUUUUAUUUUAGCCUUUCCCCUCAUUGUUGCUUUACUUUCAUCAGUCUGUAAACAUGUAUUGUGGACUGUUUAUACAAAAGCAGGUCAUAUUCAAAAUAAAAAAAGAUAUUGUCCAA